AUGCGUAGACGAGACGAAAAGUUCCCAGAUAAUGGUUUUGAGGCUUGGGGCGGUUAUAUGCAGGCAAAGAUUGCAAAAUUGGAAGAACAAUUCUGCCAAAGAGCUGGUAACGAUCAGAAAUUGAGUCAAAUCUUCGAUGGGGUAAGCAUUUAUGUCAAUGGAUUCACUAUUCCUUCAGCUGACGAGCUUAAAGAUCUUAUGUCUAAACAUGGUGGUGUAUACCACAUUUACCAGAAAAGUGAAGAUUUUGUUAUAGCUUCAAACUUACCCGAUACAAAAGUAAAAAAUAUGUCUUUAGCAAAAGUUGUUAAACCAGAAUGGAUAACUGACAGUAUAGCUUCUAAUAAAUUACUUGAUUAUAAAGAUUACUUAUUAUUCAGACAUUCGAGAACACAACGGAAAAUUGAAUUCCUCAAAAAUAAAAGUAAAGGUGAUACUUCUAAAUCAGAACACAAUGUCAAAUGUUUAACAGAACAACAAUUUAUUACAGAUGAAAUUAAUGAGAGUGACAUUUUGAAACAAAACAUACCAACAAAUCAUUCAAAGAAUGUAGAAACUCUAAUAAAAACAGCAGCCGAUCCUAAUUUUAUAUCAGAGUUUUAUAAUAACUCUAGAUUACAUCACAUAUCUCAAUUAGGUGCUUGUUUUAAGCAAUAUGUAAAUGAUCUUCGGGAAAAUAAUAAAUUCAUGUUUCCUGCUCGUACUCAAUUAAAGAGUAGAUUUCUUUCCCUACAUUUACCUAUGAACAGCUCACAAUUAUACUUUGAAAGGGGAAAAAUUAUAAUGCAUAUUGAUAUGGAUUGUUUUUUUGUAUCAGUUGGAUUACGUACUAGACCAGAUCUUAGGGGCAAACCUGUUGCAGUAACCCAUUCCAAGGGUAAGCAAACACAUCCUAAGAGGCAGGGAGUAGAUAGGAACACAGAGUUCAAUCUUUAUAAACAAAAAUAUGCUCAGAAAUAUAGCAAACCUGGUGAAAAUGAAAGGACCAAGAUUGAAAGUAGAGUGGACAAUAUUGGUGAUGAAGGUGCAAAGUUUGGGUCUAUGAGUGAAAUAGCUUCUUGUUCAUAUGAAGCAAGAGCUAAAGGUGUAAGUAAUGGAAUGUUUAUGGGGCCAGCAUUAAGAUUGUGUCCUGAAUUGCAGACAAUACCAUAUGACUUUGAAGGAUACAAAGAAGUUGCUUAUACUCUGUAUGAUACCAUUGCACAAUAUACAUUAGACAUAGAAGCAGUAUCAUGUGAUGAAAUGUAUGUUGAUUGCACUGAACUCAUUAACGAUAUUAACAUGAGUGUUCAAGAUUUUGCAACCAGUUUAAGAUCAGAAAUAAAAGAAAAAACUGGCUGUCCAUGUUCAACAGGGUUCGGUGGAAAUCGUCUUCAGGCUAGACUAGCCACAAAAAAAGCAAAACCAGAUGGGCAGUUCUUUUUAACAGCAGAUUUAGUCGAAGAUUUCAUGGUGGGGAUAAAACUAAAAGACUUACCUGGAGUUGGUCGACAAACUGCUUAUAAGUUAGAAUCUCUUGGGCACCAAACAUGCGGUUCUUUACAAAACUUAACUCUUGUAACACUACAACAUCAUUUAGGGAAUAAAACUGGUGCUCAGUUGUUUGAUCAAUGUCGUGGUCGUGAUUCCAACCCUUUGUCAUACCACACAAUCCGAAAAUCAGUAUCAGCAGAAGUAAAUUAUGGCAUUAGAUUUGAGAAUACUGAACAAUGUUUGGAAUUUUUAAAACAGUUGUGUAUGGAAGUCCAAACAAGAAUGCAACAAUUCAAAGUAUUAGGAAAAUGUAUAACAUUAAAGCUUAUGGUUAGAGAUGAACGAGCCCCUGUGGAAACAGCAAAAUUUAUGGGUCAUGGAUUUUGCAACAUUAUAAAUAAAUCAACAUCUCUUACAACUGCAACAAACAGCUCAGAAGUGAUAGCUAGAGAAGUUGUUUCCUUAUAUAAAAAAAUAAAUAUAGAUGCGAAAGAAAUGAGGGGUAUAGGGAUACAAAUAACCAAAUUGGAAACUAUUAAUGCAAACCAAAACAAAGGAGCUAUAAGUAAAUUUCUAUCUUCUCAUAAACCUGUAAAUGACAAUAAUGCAGGAAACGAUAAUAAAACUUCAAUAGAUUAUAAAAGUGUACUUGGUAGUCUAAAGUCCGUCACUUCACCUAAGAAGACAUUAAUUGUCUCACCUUUAAAGCAAAAGUCACCUGUUUUAGGAGUUGCUAGAUCUCCAAUAAGACGGCGAGGGAGACCUCGGAAAUGUAACACAUCUACUUCCCGUAAUUUAAUGAAUAAGUUUCUUCAAGGACAGACUAUUCCUUUUAGAGACAUUCCAUAUAAAGAUCCAAUGGUAAAAAAAGUUGAAAUAGAUAAAGAAAGGGUAUGUGACAAAGUUGAAGCUGAAGACCAAAAAGGGCAAGGAUUAUUGGGUCUUUCAUGGCAAAAAGUUAGAGAAUUGCUCAGAGCUUGGCUUGAUAGUGAGCAAACUCCUCUACCAUGCGAUGUCAGCAUGUUAUGUGAAUAUAUGAGGACGAUGGUUGUUGAAAGAAAAAUAGAUAAUUUAAAUAUAUUAGUAAAUUUCCUAAAACGGAGAAUUAAUGAAAUAAAUAGUGCAAGUUGGAUUGAGGUUUACACACAUAUUAUGGAACAAGUACAAAAUGCAAUGUUAGCUAUUUAUGGAAAAAGUUUAUAUAUUGAUUAA